ACACAUAGAAAACGCACACUUUACAAACAGUCGACACGGAUUCUUCAUUCAUUCUUUCACCAUCCAAAAUCUUCGCUUAUUUUCAUUUUUCCUCAAAAUUAUUAAAUAAUAUAAAUACAAAAACAAAAACACAAAAACACCAAUCGCUACACUUUCCAUCUUUAUCACACACACAAUCUCACACCUACUAAAUUAAAUCAAAACCAAAAUCAAAAAAAUCCUAGUACCACUAGCAACACACAUAAUAAUAAUAAUAAUGUCGUUUGUAGGUGGAGUGGUGGGCGGAAUUAUAGUAGGGAUAUUAUUGAUUGUCGUUUUUGUUCGUUCCGAGAAUCAAAGAUCUGCUAAACGCUCUGCUCUUGCGACAACAAUUGCGGCUUUUGCAAGAAUGACUGUUGAAGAUUCUAAAAAGUUACUUGCCCCGGAAUACUAUCCUUCUUGGGUUGUUUUUUCACAAAGACAAAAGUUAAACUGGCUCAACGCUCAUCUUACAAAGAUCUGGCCCUAUGUUGACCAGGCGGCUUCUGAGCUUAUUAAAGCUAGUGUGGAGCCAGUACUUGAGCAAUAUAGACCAAUGGUGCUGUCCUCUUUGUCAUUUUCCAAGCUUACCCUUGGAACAGUCGCACCACAGUUUACAGGAGUUUCUAUUAUUGAAGAUGGAGGUGAAGGAAUAACUAUGGAGUUGGAGAUGAAUUGGGAUGGGAACCCGAGUAUAGUACUUGAUAUUAAGACGAGACUCGGAGUUGGAUUGCCCGUGCAGGUGAAGAAUAUCGCGUUUACUGGUGUUUUUAGGUUGAUUUUUAAGCCCUUAGUUCCCGAGUUCCCUUGUUUUGGAGCAGUUUCAUUUUCUCUGAGGCAGAAGAAAAAAAUGGAUUUUACGCUGAAAGUAGUUGGUGGUGACAUUUCAGCUAUUCCUGGCGUUGCUGAUGCCCUUGAGAGUACCAUACGUGAUGCUGUCGAAGAUUCAAUCACCUGGCCAGUUCGAAAAGUUAUUCCCAUUUUACCUGGAGAUUACAGUGAUCUUGAACUAAAGCCCGUGGGAACUUUGGAGGUGAAACUUGUCCAAGCUCAAGGUUUAACAAACAAAGAUAUUAUUGGGAAGUCCGAUCCUUUUGCUGAAUUAUAUAUACGUCCCCUGCGCAACAGAACGAAAACCAGUAAAGUUAUUAACAAUGACUUAAAUCCAAUCUGGAACGAACAUUUUGAGUUUGUAGUCGAAGAUAUCUCCACUCAACACUUGACAGUAAAAAUAUACGAUGAUGAAGGGCUUCAAGCCGCUGAACUUCUUGGAUGCGCUCAAGUGCAGUUGAGUUCACUGGAGCCUGGUAAAGUGAAAGAUGUGUGGUUAAAGUUGGUAAAAGAUUUGGAACUCCAAAGAGAUAAUAAAGAUAGGGGCAAGGUGCACUUGGAGCUACUAUAUUGUCCAUAUGGCAUGGAUAAUGGGUUCACAAACCCAUUUACUUCUAAUUUCACUAUGACCUCCCUUGAAAAGGUUCUUAAAAGUGGAAAUAAUGAAACCAAUGAUCUAUCUAGUAGAAAGAAAACAGUAAUUGUAAGGGGAGUGCUUUCUGUCACUGUGAUAUCUGCUGAAGACUUACCGCCUACAGAUAUUAUGGGAAAGGCUGAUCCUUAUGUUGUGCUCACAAUGAAGAAAACUGGGAUGAAAAACAGUACUAGGGUUGUCAAUGAGAAUUUGAACCCGGUUUGGAAUCAGACAUUUGACUUUGUUGUUGAGGAUGGAUUGCAUGACAUGCUUGUGGUGGAAGUGUAUGAUCAUGAUACAUUUGGGAAGGACUACAUGGGAAGAUGUAUUUUGACGCUGACAAGGGUCAUAUUAGAAGGAGAAUACAAAGACUGUUUUCCACUUGACGGUGCUAAAUCUGGAAAACUCAACUUGAAUCUCAAGUGGAUGGCCCAACCAAUUUAUCGUGACUCUUAACAAUUGAACCCCAUCAGCUGCGCUAAGCAGAACUCAUGAUCCUUAAGAAAGUAUGCUGUUUGUUGCAUAGCAAGAGGUACACUUGAUGUACAUAAACUUUGUGAAGUUUGCGGUAAAAAAAGAACAGAUUAUUUUGUGUAGAUUUGGAAGAUAAUAAGGGUUUGCACUUAUUGGGUAGCAGCAAACAUUUUGGUUCUGUAAUUCGUUUUUUUUAACCCAUGUUCUUUUUUGCUUUUAACUAUUUACACCUUAAUCCCUAGUCACCAAUAGAAGUAAUUUUUUAUCCUCUCA